UGUUGAGUAGAGUGGUGUAAAGGUAAACUUAGAAACCAGUUUAUUUCACUCUUUACUAGUUUCAUCAUUAUUUAUAUUUAUUUUUAUUUUUCAAUAUAUGGUUUCCUUUUUUGUUCCACUUUUAAUUUUCUAAACUACAUCCUUUCACCUUUUCCUAAACUUAAUUAAAUAUUAACUAUAUAUCUUAAAUAUUGAGGAAAUUUUUAAUUCGACUUUCUUCUAAGCUAUUUUGGGACAAAAUGGCACCGAAUCUCGGUUUGCCAAACAGUGAAUUGUUAAAAAAAGCCCGAGAGAUGGCUGGGAGGCUAACAGUAAGGGAUUCCACCAAGGUUACUAAGAUAAGUGCACUUUUAUCUUCCUUACGUAGGAAUCCAUUCGACUCUCGUUACGAGUCAGUUUCAGAUAGCAUCAAUAAGGUGAUCAAUAACUCCUCAACCACCAAAAUUCCAAGUACUCUGACCUUUCAACAACUAGAUCUAAUACUCAAUAAGAAGUCGCUUGAUGAUACACCUACUGGUGACCAUAGUAACACAAAACCAACUGAUACUCCUGAAGUUAAAAAUGUACAAUUCUCUACGACAGGUGGCACAAGUGGUGCCCAGUCAUUUGAAACAAGUAAAAAUGACCUGGAGCAUGACCAAAAAUUCAUCAAGGAGAAAUGUUUGGUGAGAGUGUUCGGUUGGUGUAAAAGUAUGAGAAGCCAGGAUGGUGGGAGACUACUAUUCGUCAUAGUAAAUGACGGUAGUUGUAAGUCUAACUUGCAAAUUGUGGUCCACAAUGACUCCAAAGGAUACAAAGAAGCUCUAAAGUGUAAAUCUGGAACAUCAAUACAGGCCAAUGGCUUCUUAGUAAAUCGUGAAACUCAACCGAAACCGCCGACGGAAGUGACUAAAGAAAAUAACCCUGAACUACCCGAGGAGGUUAAAGACUACGAGUUGCUGGAUGAAAUUAGUAACAGAUACGAACUGCACAUCACAAGUGAUGAUAGUAACUAUAUCCAAGUUCUUGGAGUAACAAAUUCUCCGGGUACAUAUCCCAUUGCAAAGAAAGAUCUAACGAUGGAGUUUUUGCGUGAAAACGCACAUUUGAGACCGAGAACAUACCUAAUUUCAGCUGUAAUGAGGGUCAGGAGUUCUUUGUCAAUUGCGAUUCACCUAUUCUUUCAGUCAAAAAACUUUCACUACCUGAACUCCCCAGUAAUAACUACAGCUGAUUGUGAAGGUGCAGGUGAGUUGUUCCAGGUUACAACUCUGUUUGAGAAUGUUAAAAACGUUAAGGAACUAGUAAAUAAGAUGUACAGUAAAGACCCGCAACCUGAAGUUUCCAAAAAUUCCACAAAUUCCGAAAAUUCAACAAAUUCUGACUCAAAGCUGUCAAAUGAUGCUGAAAACACAUCUUCUGUACAACCGGAAGGUGCAAACAGUGUUAAUGGUACUCAACCUAAGGAUACUAACUCGAAAGUUGAUGAACCUGAUGGGAAAACUGAUGGGAAAACGAAUGCAGUUAAUACCGAUUACAAGUUAUUAUACAAGGCAGUUGACUUUAAGAAGGAUUUCUUCAAGAAGAAGAGUUACCUGACCUGCAGUGGUCAGCUGAGUGCCGAAAACUACUGCUGUUCCAUGGGUAGUGUUUACACCUUUGGCCCUACCUUCAGAGCCGAGAACUCCCACACUAACCGCCAUUUAUCUGAAUUUUGGAUGAUCGAGCCCGAGAUGACCCUAGUUGAUUUACCGGGCCUGAUGGAGAUAACUGAGGAGUUUAUAAAGUUCCUCGUCAACUACAUACUCAAACACAACUAUGACGACUUGGUGUUCUUCAACAACACCGUUGACAAGGAGUUGCUAAGCAGGCUCUACAACAUCGUUGACAACGAAUUUGUCCACUUGUCCUACACAAGUGUCAUUGACAUACUCCAGGAAUAUAUAAAACAAAAUCCUGAGCAACCGUUUGAAUACAAUGAUGUUCAUUGGGGUAUUGAUUUACAGAGUGAACAUGAGCGGUUCAUUUCUGAGAAGGUGUUCAACGGUCCUGUGAUAAUAUACAACUACCCCAAGCAAAUCAAGGCCUUUUACAUGAGAAGGAACGAUGACGGCAAGACAGUUGCAGCUAUGGAUUUAAUCAUUCCAAAAAUUGGUGAGUUGAUUGGAGGGUCACAACGUGAAGAAAGGUUCGAUUAUUUGGAGAAAUCGAUAAAGGAAAACAAACUUAAUAUGCAGGACUACUGGUGGUACAUGGACUUGAGAAGAUACGGAACAAUAGUGCACUCAGGGUUUGGGUUAGGAUUUGAACGCCUGAUCAUGAUGGUUACGGGAGUCCAGAACAUCAAGGAUGUGAUACCAUUCCCAAGAUACUCAGGGCACUCACUGUUUUAAAGGCUAAUUUUAACUAGAUUAAUGUUCUCAAGUUUAUAAUAAA